GUUUGAAGUGCAGGGAGCAGGUGUGCACGGUUCACACAGUCUCUGACAGCUGCUAACACUCACGGAUUUCACCUGAUCUCCAGAGCAUUGGGGAGUUCGAUAAGAGCUUUACGAUGGCCAACUUUGGAGGGCACGCCAUUCCUGGUGCCUUCUUUCUGUUUUAUGGCUUUUGGCUGACAGUGAAACACACUCUCCAACAAUACUGGAGGAAGGGUCAGCCCAACGGAAGACAGGUCAUGCCACCUUUAUUUAAAAAAUUGGACUACAUCGAAGGAGGAUUCACAUUAUUUGCUUCAUUUGUGGGUAUUAUGGUGGAACAGUUUGUGGUGGACGGGCCACACGCCCACCUGUACGACAGAGACAACAAAUCGUGGGUGAAGCUGAUGAACUGGCAGCACGGCACCAUGUAUCUGUUCUUUGGGAUCUCAGGAAUAGCAUUGGUCACCAGCACCAGAUCCAAACAGGUGCCACGUGGCGUCGACCGCCUGGCUCUCUCCAUUGCUCUUUUCGUGGAAGGUUUUCUGUUCUACUACCAUUUGCAUAACCGUCCCCUCCUGGACGCCCACAUCCACUCGCUGCUACUCGUGGCUGUGUUUGCUGGGUCAGCUAGCACCAUGUUGGAGGUGUUCAUAAGAGACAACUUUGUUCUGGAGCUGCUCAGGGGUUGUCUGUUCAUCCUGCAGGGCUCGUGGUUCUUCCAGAUUGGAUUUGUUCUGUACCCUUUAAACGGAGAACAGUGGGACUUGACAUUGCACAACAACGUCAUGUUUGUCACAAUGUGCUUCUGCUGGCACUUAGCUGUCGCCCUUCUUCUGGUCGCCGGCACAGUGUGUGUGGUUUCUUGCACAGUGAGGAGAUUCUCAGGAAAGGGACAGGAUAUAGAAAUUGGAAUGAGAAACACAUCCUCAAGUGCAAGUUGCCAGAAAGCUUUGCUUGAAGAGUCUGAUGAAGAGUGAAGGCUGUGUUUUGGUCCUUCAAUUUUUUAUUUAAUUUUCUAUGUUUGUGGUUUGGAGUGUCUCAAGCUACUGUUUGCACAAUGUCGUUUAGUUUUUUUCUUUGGUAAAAAAUAACAAAUGAAAAGACAAGAAUCUAUCUGUUAUGUUUU